AUGCGUUCGAGAAGUAGAGUUACGCAGGAGGAAUUAACCAAGAUCAUAUCGGUCAUAAACCUUCUUUCGAGCUCCAGUGAGAAGGCCACUGUAGACACAAUUAGCAGCCAUUUGUCGAAUGAGGUGCCCAGCGCCGAUCGAUUAUCACGAAUCUUAAAUGAGGCUGUUUCUCGGGGCUCCGUUGUUAAAAACCCCGAGGAUGGGUUUUACCACCCCACUCGCAGCUUGCGACCACAUCGGCGCUCAUUCCUCUUCUCUCAGCAUCCCUCUGUCCUCUACGAUGUAACCACACCGCGGCGACGUACAGGGUCUUCUAUUCAACGAACACACAAAACGCCUAAUGGUGCAGCCACAUCUACUCGUGGCAUAUCGGAUAUUAUUCCAGUUUGUGGUUUCUGUCUUGGUGAUGAGGCCAACAACCCGAGAACGGGUGAGCCUGAAGAGAUGCUAGCCUGUUGGGGCUGCGGUAGCUCAGCCCAUCCAAGUUGUCUACGCUUAUCGGCGGCGAUGGUGCCCCAAGUGAAACGGCUACGCUGGUACUGCAUCGAUUGCAAACGCUGCACAAUUUGCCACUACUCGGCAUCCAAUUCCGCGGAAGGCGAAAGAGCAGCGGUAGCGGUCAGUGGUGGCAGCGCUAGUGAUAAGGACAGUGAUCUCCUGCUUUGCGAUAACUGCGAUCGUGGAUAUCACCUUUCCUGCGUGGCUCCGGAGCUCACAGAACCUCCUGAUGGUACCUGGAUCUGUCCCAUCUGUGAGCGCUACCCCGAGGGUUACACCCAACCCGAAGCUCGUCCCUCUUCCCUUGGCCGUGAAAACACCUUAGCAGCAGCUACAGCGACCACCGUCACACAGGACCCACUUGAUCCCCGGCUGCAGGCGGCGGCUCUGUGUGACCUGCUAACCGACUACGAAGUGCAGCUCAUACGGCAGGCUCUUCAGAGCUGUGGCAGUGCCAGCAAAGCAGUCACGACGUCAACAAGGAAGCCAAGGGCUUCACGACCAAUUAAGUCGGAGGCUCUUUUGAGGCCGAAGAGGUCGGGUGUUUUGGUCCAGAAAACGCUCACUAGCUGGGCCCUCAGAGUCGAGAGCAAACAGAAAAGCACUGACACCACAAUGAAGUUGGAAGCAGACAAUAUAUCAUCAGUUGGGCGCGUGACCACUCGACGAAGCAUCGUGAACACUACCGGUGCCUCGGCCUCUAUCAGUACCACUGCGGGCGUCCCUACUACGCGUUUGGCUGCGCGUCGGUCAUCGGCGUACGCCUCCACCGACGUCUCACUAACUCCGCCCGCCAAGCGGUGCAGGCUGGGCUGCACUGCGUCGGUCGCCUCUUCGCUGCGCGUCCAAAUUCCUAAUCAUUGCGGGCCGCGACGACAGCAGCACCAAAAUUAUUUGCAGUCAUCUGCUGAACCCGAGGCCUCUCCCGCUCCUAACUUUAACGCGCGGGAGCAAAAACAACAUCGUGGACGUCGGGGGAGACGCCAUACAUCAGCAGCCGCACUUCAGCUCAUCAAAACGGGCAUCAAACGUCUUCGUGGAGGUUCAGGACGCGGACAUUCCCUCAGCAGUGUGUUGCGCGGCUCAGAUGUUGAGGAGAAUUCUGUUGAUAUCAUCGCCGCAGAUUUCGUCGAUGGAAAGGCAGUGGAAGAAGACACUUCAAAGAUAUUGGCGAAUGGUGCAGCAGUUGAGAUGAAAGAUGGAGAGGAAGAUGAUGGACAAAAAAAGGAAGAUGCGAAUGAUGAUGAUGACGACGAAGAUCCAUGCUUCGGAACGAUUAUUGAUGCAGAUCGGAAACUUUUCCAGAACGUUCAGUCUCGUGUUCAGGAGUGUCUUCCACAGUCUCUGGAAAAUAGCAAACAGCUCCCUCCAACAGAUAAUCCCCGUCUGCUGAAUACUGCCAACACUCCGUCGAAAAUACGAACCUCAACGGAAUCAGCUCCCCCAAAGGACAUCCCGUCUCGAUAUCCUCCUCGGAUCCAGUUUGGCAAGUACUGCAUCACCACCUGGUACUCUGCCCCCUAUCCCUCCGAAUAUGCCAGAUUGAAUCUGCUGUACAUUUGUGAAUACUGUUUGAAAUACUUCAAGACCGAAGAUGUGUUCAAGCGACACAUGAGCAAGUGCACCACCUACCAUCCACCGGGAAAUGAAAUUUACCGAUGUCAAAACAUCUCCGUCUUCGAGGUGGAUGGCCAGAUAUCUAAGCUGUACUGCCAGCAGCUCUGCAUCCUGGCCAAGUUGUUCUUAGAUCACAAGACCCUCUACUACGACGUGGAGCCCUUCCUCUUCUACGUCAUCACCGUUCAUGAUCCACAUGAGGGCUUCCAUUUGGUGGGCUACUUCUCCAAGGAGAAGCGUUCAGCGCAGAAAUACAAUCUCAGCUGUAUUAUGGUCCUACCGCCUUAUCAAAAGCAGGCCUAUGGACGUUUUCUCAUUGAUUUUAGCUACCUGUUAUCGCGGAUUGAGGGCCUAUCGGGCUCCCCGGAAAAACCUCUUUCCGAUCUGGGUCGUCUCUCCUAUGAGUCCUAUUGGCGCUCUACCCUGCUACCCCUAAUACUUAGCACGGAAGAGGGAAACAACGGUGGAACCUUGACUUCUGAUAUCACUGUUCGCCAGCUGACCGAGGCCACUGGCAUUGAUGUGCAUGAUGUUGUCAGCACUCUUCAACAACUCGCCUCUGACAUCCAACUGGAUAGCCAAGACAGCAGGUUAGUCAACAAAUAG